CUGCACACACGGCAGCCCCACCGUGAGCCGGAGGAGAUGCGGCGGGAGCCGGGCCGCGAGUGACGGCAGCCGGGGCCGGUGCAGCAGGGUGACCCGCGGGGACACGCCAUGUCCCUGGGCGGCGACAGCGGCCCCGGCAUCGUGCACAGCCUGCUGUGCCACCGGCAGGGAGGGGACAGCGAGGCCUUCGCCCGCCGCGCCAUCCAGAGCCUGCUGAGGAAGCUGAAGGAGAAGAGGGACGAGCUGGACGCGCUGGUGGCCGCUGUCACCUCCGGAGGGGCCCAGCCCGGCCAGUGUGUCACCGUGCAGCGAACCCUGGACGGGCGGCUCCAGGUGGCCGGCAGGAAGGGUUUCCCGCACGUCAUCUACGCGCGGCUCUGGCGCUGGCCCGACCUGCACAAGAACGAGCUGAAACCCGCCCGCUUCUGCCAAUUCGCCUUCGACCUCAAGUGCGACAGCGUCUGUGUCAACCCCUACCACUACGAGCGCGUGGGGACCCCCGGCAGCGGUCUGAGCAUCCCGAGCACAGUGCCCCCCCCGCGCCCGGUGAAGGAGGAGUUUGUCCAUGACUGUGUGCAGAUGGAGCUGCCGGCCCCCCCUCGGGACCUGGGGGUCGAGACCCCCGCCCGGCCCCACCGAGCGCUGCCCCCUGAGCCCCCCCGAGUGCCCCCCCGGACCUACCCUGCGCUCCCCAUGGCGCCCCAAGCGACCCCCCAGGACCCCCUGGGCCACCCCGAGGGCCCUCCAGCACAGAACGGGUACCCCAAACCACCCCAGCACGGUUCACCGCUGAGCUGGAGCCCUGCCACCAUCUACACCCCGAGCUUGGGGGGCUCGCAGCCCCCCCUGCCACAACAUCCCGGCAGCCAGGGCCACCCCCAGCACCAGCCCAACCACUGCUGUAGGUCUGGGGGGCACUGGUCCCCCAUGCUCCAACCCCCCGUGUCCACCCACCCUGGCCCGGAGUUCUGGUGCUCCAUCGCCUACUUCGAGCAGGACGUGCAGGUGGGGGAGAUCUUCAAGGUGCCCUCGAGCUGCCCCUCGGUGGUCGUGGAUGGAUACGUGGACCCCUCGGGGGGCGCCCGGUUCUGCCUGGGGCAGCUCUCGAACGUGCAGCGCUGCGCUGCCAGCGAGAGGGCACGGCUGCACAUCGGGAAGGGCGUGCAGCUGGAGCGCCGAGGAGAGGGCGAUGUGUGGAUGCGCUGCCGCAGCGACCACGCCGUGUUCGUGCAGAGCUUCUACCUGGACAGGGAGGCGGGCAGAGCCCCCGGGGACGCCGUGCACAAGGUGUACCCCGGAGCGCACAUCAAGGUGUUUGACCUGCGCCAGUGCCACCGGCAGAUGCAGCAGCAGGCGGCCACUGCCCAGGCUGCGGCCACUGCCCAGGCGGCCGCGGUGGCCGGGAGCAUCCCCGGGGCUGCCUCUGUGGGGGGCAUCGCCCCGGCCAUCGGUGAGUGACCACAGCGAUGGUCAGUCCGUGUGUG